CAUAAAAACAGACACAUUUCAGAAGCCUCAAGAUGGAGGACGAGCUCCGGGUGGGGUCAGAUUUGGGGAACGGACAGAGAGGGCGUGAGGGCGUCUUAGCGCAGACAGCGGAGGGGCCACGCGUGGCCUGUCCCGUGGAGCGCAGGCUUCAGCUUGACGGCCUGGAGGCGAGAGAGAAGACCAUGCCCCCGGACUCCUGCAUCGGAGACGGGGAGACCCCGUAUGCCGCCGGGGAACCCCGGUGCCUCAAGGAGAGGGUCUUGGACUUGGAGGGCCUCCUGAAAAACAAAGAGGUGGCGGAGCGGGACCUGAGCCAGCGGGUGUCCCGGCUGGACCGGUGCCUGGCCGAGAAGUCCCGGAAGGAGCACCUCCUGCUGGCCCGCUGCGCCAGGCUGAAGGAGGUGCUGCGGCAGAAGGAGGCGGUGGAGGCGCGGCUGCAGGAGCGGUACAGCCAGGUGGAGGAGCUGCAGCAGGAGUGGGAGACCUCCGAGGAGGAGCACGAGGAGCAGAUCCGGACGCUGGUGGGCGAGAUCGCCGAGCGGGACGCCGUCCAGGCCCGGCUGGAGGAGGCGCACAGGGACAUGGUGCGGAGGAUGGAGGAGAUGUCCCGCUGCAAGAGGAGGCUGGAGGCUCGCAUUCAGCAGCUGGAGGAGGAGCUGGCCGGGGCGGGCUCCGGGGUAGAGGAUCCUGGGGUAACUGAGAAAAAUCCCGGGAAAAAUCCUGCUGCUAGUGGCUUUGAGGACCCUGUCCGGUCCAAAGAGGAAGCGGAUUCACCUGGUAGGGGACGGGAAGUGGUUUACCAAAGCAGCCAGGAGGCCAGAUCCACAGACGAGAGCUCUGCCCCAAACACGGAUGGCUCAAGCUCCAGGGUAGCCCGUCUGGAGAAGCUUCUGGAACUGCGGGAGGAGACGGUGGAGGAGCUGCAGGGCAGGCUGGGGGGUCAGGAACAACUGCUGGGGGAGAUGCAGGAGACCCAGAGACGGCUGUCCGCGCGGAACGAGGAGCUGGGCUCCCGGCAGCGGGAGCUAAGCGAGGAGGUGCACCGCUGGAGAGCUCGGGGCUCCGGCAUGGAGCAGCAGGAGAGGGAGUGGAGGACAGAGGCCGCCCAGCUCAGGGGCACCAUCGCUCAGCUGGAGGCUCUCAGCGCCAGCCUCGAGUCCAAGCUGAGAACCAAGGACUCCGAACUGCAAGCUCUGGAGGCCGCCAAGGAGAGGGAGGCGUCCAGCCUCUGGGCCGACCUGCGGAAGCUGACCUCGGAGCAGUCUGACAGGGAGGCCGCGUGGCUGAGCGACCGCCAGGGCCUGGAGGCUCAGCUGAGGAAGAGGAGCAGGGAGCUGGAGGCCUCCGAGGAGGAGCAGAGGAAGCUGAGGCAGACGCAGGAGGCGCUGGAGGAGGAGCGGUGCCAGCUGAGGCAGGCAGAGGGCGCUCUCGCGCAGAAAAACCGGGCUCUGGAGGUGGAGCUCGCGCACCUCUCCCAGCUCCUCACCUCCACCGAGGACUCCCUCGCCAGGGAGAGACAGGCGCCCAGCGCCUCCAGGACCCGGCUCACCUCUGUGGAGCAGAGCGUCAGAGCGCUGCAGGAGGAGAAGGCUGCACUUCACAUGACAAUCAAGCAGCUGAAAGAGGAGCUGGGGCGGGCGCGGAGAGAGAGGUCGACCCCCGCCUCGGAGGACCCCGCGGCGGAGGCGGCGGAGGCGACCCCCGAACUGCAGGUGCUGUCGAAGAGGGUGAAGGUUCUGGAACACACCCUGAGGGAUAACAUUAAUACCUUCACGGAGUCUGAGGCAGCCCUCCAGCACAGGAUUAAAGAGCUGGAGGUGUCAGAGAGGAACCUGCUGGUGAAGGUGAAUGACCUCACGGCCAGGUCUGACGCCCUUCGACAAGCCGCCCCUCGGCAGAGACAGGAAGAGAAGCUGCACAUGCUCAGAGAGGAGGUCCGCAGCAUGGCGCUGGAUAAAGAGAGGUGUGACAGGGUGUGGAAGGAGAGGCUCCACCGCUGUCAGAACCAGAUGAGGGCGAAGGAGGAGGAGAUGAAGAGGCAGUCGGAAUACUUUGAGCACUACAAGCAGAAGCUGCAGCUGAAACUGGGCUUCUCUAAGGAGCGCGAGCAGAGCCUGGAGGGGCGGGUCUUCCAGCUGGAGCGCCAGGUCAUCGACCUGACGGCCUCCGCCGCACAGCUGCGGACAGAGCUGGAGAGGCGGGGCCCCGUGGUGGCCCCGCCCCCGGAGGAGGAGCAGGAGGUUGUAGAGGAGGAAGAGGAGGGAGGCUCUGGGAACGAGGGGCGGCUGAAGAGCUUCGUCGGCAGGCUGCAGGCGGACCUCCGGGAGCUGCUGGGGCGGGAGGAGGCGGGGCUUGCCGAGCGCAGGGCGCUGAGGGAGGGCCUUCAGGACGCGGAGGACAACGUGGAGUUCCUCUCCCACAAGCUGGAGGACUUCCGCUCCCGCAUACACCAGCUGAAGCUGUCCGAGAGCGCGCUGCUGGAGGAGGUGGAGGAGCUGGCUGAGGAGAACGAGCGCCUCCGGGGGGGCCUGCAGAUCGCGAACCGGCUCACGGACCCUGGCCCCACCCCAAACCCUGCCCCAAGCCCUGCCCCAAGCCCCACCCCAACCACUCCCUGCAGGACAGAGCCUGGACCCCAGGACCUGGGGCCAGUGGACAGCACUGACUCGAUGGGGUGUGUGCUGCUCGGAGAGGACAAGCUUCAGUCGAGACAGGAGGACCUGCUGGACCCGGCCAAGAACAAAGCUGCGCAGACCCCCUCCGUAACGCACUGCAUACGAGAGGCCAUCGCCGUCGCCAAGCUGAUCCCCCAUUUGGUGGGGUCAUCACGAUGCUCAUGUGGGGGGCUGCUGGAGGGCUCCUUCUUCCCCCUGCUGGAGAGCAACUCCUGGGAUGUAGUGGAGAUCAUGCAGGCCAUGCGCUGUGGAGGGCUGGAACAGGUCAAACAAACCCUUAAACAGAUGGAGUCCCAGUGCAGACUACCUGUGCUGGAAUGUGAGAGCACACCUCUGCCUGCUAACAGAGAGGGGGCAGUAGAGAGCUUGCAGCCAGAAGCAGUCAUCCUGUCCAAACACAAGGAGACCAUAGUCAUUCAGUCUCAGCCUGACCUGCUGAGCCUCUGUGGGCUCAGGAACCAGAACACAAACCUUAUAUCGCUAGUGACCAAAACCAUAGAAGUGGACUGUAACCCUGGCAACAGCGACACAGCCAACACUGAACGUUCUUUCCGUUCCUACUCCUUUGGGACUUUCAAACCUCCAAGUGAGCAAACAAAUAAUUCCCUGAAAGAAACACUCCUGAGCCUGGAAUCCGAGGUGGAGAGUCUCCAAAACAACAAAAAGGAGAUGGAGAGGGUCCUUCACAGCAAAGAGGAGUCCCUGCAGAGGGCGUCUGAGGAGAUUGCCAGACUGAAAAUGAGCCAGGUGGGAGGGUCCUUCGAGGGUCGGGAGGCGUCAGCGGGGGAAAGGGGGGACCUGCAGCUGGAGACCCUGAAAAACAACUGGAGGCAGGAGAACAAGGUCCUGGGCCGACGCAACGAGGAGCUGCUGGAGCAGAUCGCCAGGCUGGAGGAGGACUACGAGAGGGAGCUGGCCCAGCUCCGGCUGCAGAUCUCCCUGCAGGAGCGCGACGUGAGCCGCCUGGAGGAGGAGAACGGCCAGCAGGGCCGCACCAUCGCUGAGCUCCAGCAGAAGACGGACGACGACCUGAAUGUGGUCCUGGAGCUGCAGGAAGCCCUGCGGGAGAAGAACGAGCAGAUCGCAUUCCUCCAGCGUAAGACCGAGGAGGACCUGAACGUCAUCAUGGAGCUCCAGGACACCGUGCAGGAGAAGGGGAACAGCAACCAGGAGGACCCGAGCUGCAGCUCCAUCGCCCCAGAGCCAGAGGAGAGUACCCGUCUGAAGGCAAGUUUGGAAGAGAGCAGGGAGGCUCUGUCCCACACACAGGCUGAAAGGGCGCGGCUGCAGGAGCUCGUGGACAGGCUGGGUUCUGAACGGCAGCUGGACUCUCAAAUGGCCGCGGAGCUGCGCGAGGAGGCCCAGCGGCUCUCCUGCCUGGCCUCCGGGCAGGAGGCAGAGCUGCAGCAGGCCCGGGCGGAGAGGGACGGCCUGGAGGGGGAGAAGCAGGACCUCUCAGCCAGGCUGGAGGGGCUCAGCCGGAGUAACGGCGCCCUUGCCCGGAAGGUGGAGGAGCAGCAGGAGGCACUGAAGAUCAGCUCUGAGAUGAUCUCCGACCUGCAGGCCCAGCGGGACGCCGGCGCCAGAGAGGCGGCCACGCUCCGGGAGGCACACGCGGCCUCCCAACGGGACCUCCUGGCUCUGAGGGAGGCGAACGAGGCUGUCUCAGCACAGCUUCGGGAGCAGGAAGACGUGAAGCAGCAGCUGGCCUGUGUGCAGCAGGAGAGGACCCGGCUGCAGGGGGAGGCAGACCUCCUCCGGACCCAGCACGCGGACCUCCUGGAGCAGCGGGAGAGAGAGAGCCAAACCCUCGACGAGAAGAAUAAAGACCUCUCUGAGAAAACAGUAGCCCUGGAGGAGAGAGGGAGGGAAGUCUCAGAGAGAGAAGCUCAGCUUCGCGAGGAGGCGGAUUCUCUGAGGAGGGAAAAUCAGGCCUUGUCCAAACAAAUCCAGAUGCUAGAGGCAAAAACAGGGCAAGAGGCGAGCAGAGAUGCAAAUUCUUUGGCUCCAAAAGGCAGGGAGCUUCAAAUGGCCAAAGACGCACCAGGAGGUGACAGUGCGGUACACAGAUUCGAGCCAAGCAAGCAGGAAAUGCCAAAAGAGUUAAAGCCAGAGGACUCCACGCUGUCGCCAAGACACAAAAUGGCCCCUGAAAUCACUCAGAGGAGUCAAGCCACAGUCUUCUCUUAUAAAACUGUCAGUCUGGGGAGUACCUUUCAGGAGCAGCCAAGUGCACUGGGAGAAGACAGCAAUCUUCAAAAGGAGCUGGAAACUAUGGCAACAGACCUGAAGCACUAUAAGGAGGAGCUGGAGAAAACCAAGGCAGAGGCACAGAAGUGGUACCGUGAGCUGGGUCUGGCAGAAGCCAAAGGAGAGGAGGCAGAGAAGAAGGCCUCACAGGCUGUGAAUGAAGCCAAGAGAAUGAGAGAGUGUGUGAAAGAGGCGGAGGAGAUGAAGAGGAAAAAUGACAGGCUGAAAGAAGAGCAAGUAUUCCAAAGCCAUGAUGAGGAAACAGUAUUGGUGAAGAGAGAUAAGAUUGUUGAGGUGAGGGGCAGAAUGGCAGAACUCGAGAGGGGACGGAGUGAUACUGUUUCUGUCAAGUGCCAGCAGGAGGAGCAGCUGACACUCCUGCAAUCACAACUCAAAGCCAAGUCGGCUGUGGAGAAUGAGCUGAGAGCAGAGAAUGAGGCCCUGAAGAGCCAGCAGGGAAAACUGGCGGACAAGAGUGACACUGUCAGGGCCCUGCAGGCGCGCUAUGAUGACAUCAGACAACAGUUUGAUGAGCUCCUACAGAAGAAAACCCAGAUGGAUUUAGAUAUCGCUCCUUUGAAGGCCAAGCUGUCUUAUGUGGUGCAGAAGUGCCAGGAGCGAAAUAGCCUGAUUGUCCAGAUGAUUCGGACCCUGCGCAGGUACGGCUGCAUAGACUGUGCUCUGACACAGGAAGCAGAAGACCUGGUCAAUGACACAGCACUCCUGGAGUAUUCCAGCGCCUUCUUACCUGCAGCAAAUAGAACACAGGAAGCUUGCAGAAAUUUAUGGGAGGCUAGAAAGACAAAGGAGGAAGAAGGUUUUGUUCAGCACUCUCUGCCUUUCCGCCGGGGGGGUCUGUCUGACGUGGACACGUCACUCAGUUUCAGGCUGUGUGUCGCCAAGGCUGACUACUGCCCCUCUCCAGAAAUGCCCCAAACAAUGCUGCCUACACUCCCGUUGUCUGCUGGCGACACAGUCCAAGUAACUGGGGUUCCGGACAGCCGUGGGCUGUACCAUGCAGAAGUGAAGGGGGAGGCUGGGCUGGUUCCUGCAUCUUUUAUAGAGGAGAGGGAGGACCUGAACAAUCAAGUUCUCCCCUCAGCUGGCAGUUGUAGUGGUUCAAGCUCAAAGCUGUCCAGUCCUGAGAAGAUCAUCAGUUUGCAUCAGCAACUUCAACAGUCCCACUUAAGCAAUUAUCAGGUUGUCUCCUCAGCUGGACCAAAUUCGAACGUUGAGAUGGUUCGCGGUCCAUUAGCCCCCCCGUGUCCACCCCUGGGCACUUUGUCGGACUUCUCUGAGCCACCGGAGCCUGCAAGGCGCACCCAUCUCUGCUGGAAAAGGGGAGAGGAGGGGCCUGAACAGGAACAGGAGGAGGACCAGCCGCAGGCCAGGGGGAGAGAGUUUGGGGACCUGGCCAGGAGGGCCGUGAGAGACACUGCCGUGGUGCUGAACAACACCUGUCCCUCCAGAGUCUGCACCUCCUCACCAGCCUCCUGCAGCACCUCCUCACCAGCCACCCACAGCGGUCUCUCUGAUCCGUCACCGCCGAACAGCCAGGACAGAGAUGUCAGAGGCGGCUUCUCCAACACCCUCUUUACAGAGGCUAGAUCAGCAAGAGCAAAACAAGAACCUCCUGCAGCAGUGGGGUCAUUGGAAGUCAUAAAGACAGUGGGCCAAAGCAGCCUGAUGAUUGGCUGGGAUAGACCACCACUUGAUGAACUAGGCUGCAGUAAUGGCACCUUCGUAUAUGGAUAUAGGAUAUAUGUUGAUGGGGAAUUUCACAAGUCAGUGAUGAGCUCAGCAUGUACCAAGGCAGUUUUGGAGAACCUGGAUCUGUCAGUGCCGGUCCACAUCAGUGUUCAGACUCUGGGUUCUAACGGACUUUUUGCUGAGAAGGUUCAUGUCCUGCACAAGAGCAGCAGCCCCCCCGCUGGGACAGCUCCGCCCACACCAGACCUGAGGCCCCUCCCACUGCGCCGACCCAGUGGGACCACACAGCCACUUAUCUACAGAUCACUGGCAUUGAAAGCAUCCUCUCCAAAGUCUGUGAAGCCAGUGAUGUUUGUUGCCAUCUACAACUACAGCCCUCUGAAGGACAGUCCGAAUAUCCACCCGACCCGGGAGCUGGCCUUCCGGGAGGGUGACACCGUCUGGGUGUUCGGCACGCCGCGACGAGAUGGCUUCUGUGAGGCAGAGGUCAACGGGAGGCGGGGACUCGCGCCAGUAGCUUUCCUGGAGGAGAUUGCCAUGGGACCGCCCAAGACGGUGACGGAGAGCGAGACAGGGUUUGGGACUGUCUCUCCUGGGGCUGAGGAUGUGGCUCCUCGCCCCCCAAGCUGUUCCCCGUGUCCCCCGACUACCCCGCACCAGCACGGGAGGAAACCCCCGGUCCGACGGCUGUGAGAGUUUGGGAAUCAACAAAAUUCUGACCUCUGCCCUCGAAACAUGCCAAAAGGUCUCACCUGGAUUUGACUGUGUUUUGACAUGAUGAUCGUGAUGAAUAAUUCCUGCCAGUUCCCCCCCCCCAAUCAUAGUGUUCCUGUUACUGGUACAGAAAUCAAGAAUUCACAUCUAAGAUGAAAAAUGGGUAAAAGCCUGAAUCUGGCUUCCUCAACAAAUGGAGGAGUGGGAUGUAAUGCCUUUGACUCUUGAGAAGUUCAUGUUACCAUGGUGAUGCUUGCAGGUGAUAACAUACUGCAGCUUCAGUGUUGGCGCUCGGCCCACUAUGCCAAAAGACACAGGUCACACACAUCACUAGAGAUGAGCCGCUUGUACUUCAGUCAAAUUUGUAGCCGGCACAAGAUUUCUGCGUGUUUUUAUCUCCACCUGCUCUUCCCCCUCAAGUCGUACUCCACCUCUGCAGGAUCUCACACAGAACUCUGCCGCUCAUUAUUAGCAGUCCAUUUGAAAUUUACACAUUAAAAAUAAACCUUUUUCACACCUGCUUUUUUCGCAUACAAAAAUCCAAUUCGUUUUUCUUUACCAUUUAUUACCGACUUGUGGGUAAAGGUGGCAUUUUGUCCCUUGAGUCUAUCUUAAGAAAUUGAUAGUUUUGUAUCCAGGUUGCCAGGCUACAGUUCUGUUGUUAGGAUCUAGGCUGAGAGUUCCAUUCUCUAAUUAUUGUUUAGGGAACAGAUACGAAAUGUGUUCAAAAAAUUCAAACUCAAAACAUGUCACAGAACUGUCUGCUCCAUACUGCCAUUGCUGUUUUUAAACAGUUUUGUAGAUGUAAUAAAAUUGUCCAUUGUACUGGAAUUUGAUAACAUGCUCAUUUGAAUUUAGCAGUACAUUGCAGAACAAUUUAUAGUGGUUGGAACUGCAACAGCCAUGAAAAGUACAGUUGGAAGUAUUUAAACUGCACGUUUUUACAGUAGCCAGUGUUCACUGUUAAAGCAGAUCUGAUCACUUACCACUAAAUAUCUGAGUUAGAAUUUUUCUCCCCUGGGUGUUAUAAUGGGUUGGUUCAGCCCAGUCGACAGAUAUAGAGGCAGCAGGCAUCGUCUGUGUAAAAUGAGAUGUUUUUUUAAGAACUGUGUUCAAAGUCUCAUCUUUUUUCUGGGGGGUUUGGCACAGUCACUUGUGCUGCCACUACCCUAUGUGUGCAAUGUUGAGAUUUCUAGGUAGAGUGUAUCUCAUGGUUGUAGUUUGGACUUCAUUGCAACAUGCUUACAGAAUUACACAACUCUGACGCAUACAUUUUUAUCCCAUCUAGAAAUGUUUUUUUAUUUUUUAUUUUUUUUAAUACUGCAAGCUAGCUCAUUUUCAGGAUCGUGUUCACUGAAUUGUAUAUUUUAUAUAUUCGAAAGGUAUUCUAGAAAUCUAGUGAAAUAGCCAGGGUGGUCUUUGGGACAUAAUGGGUUGUGUAAAUUCAUCUAAUGGCUGUCAGUUGAAGUGAGAUCCUUGCAAAAUCCUUUAGUGCCUUAUGGAGGCAGAUGGGAUUACAUACUCCAUGGAGAAUCUGCACUGAUAAUACUCCAUUUUAGAAAUGUCUACCAAAAUGAAAGGUGAGGUUAGGGUCCAAAGAUUGAGAAUUCAAGUUAUUGUACAUUUAUAUUUUCUCAAAAUCACAAAUAUAUGACCUUAUUUAGCCAAAAAACGUAUUUCUCAAAUGGUACAAGAUCAUUUUUCUUCAUAUAAUUGAAAGAUGUUUUUUUAUUUACCCAUCAACCCAUUCAUUUUACCUAAUGAGCCCAAGUCACACCUCACCAGUCUAUAACUCCACUCACCAUUUUAAAGGAGUUUGUUAGUAAGUCUGCAGUGUUAGAAGAUUUUGUGCUUAGGUACCUGAGGCUACUUUCACUGUUAACUGUUUAGAUAUGCAAUGUGUUGAAACAAAAAAUCUGUUUAAAACAGUGAUAGUUAUUUCUGUUUACACUGUAUCACAGCCUUGUUACACUAUUCCUUGAAUGAACCGUAAAUAUAUGUGUAAUGGACUUGCUAACACAAAUGUAUUUUUCUAUGUUAAGACAUAAAUUAUUUCUAAAUUCUUUUCUUAACAAUGUAAUAAGAUUAAAGUUUGUUUAAAUAACAA